GGCGUGCUGUUGCUGUUGCCGUGUGCUGUCUAUGUUUACUGGAUAGUGAUUUUUAAAUCAACUACAGCAAAUUAACUUUCUCUUCUCUUUUGCAUCUCGUGUUCAUCGAAAACAAUUCACUAAAAAUGGUGUACUUUAUCUGUAAUAACUGCGGCGACAGCUUGAAAAAGAACCAGGUGGAUCAACACUUUUACAAACCAAGAUGCAAAGGCUGUAGCGUAUCUUGCAUGGACUGCCACCGAGAUUUCGACUCCAAAAGCUACGCUCAGCACAAUCAAUGCAUCACAGAGCAGGAGAAAUACUCUGGGGGAAAUUUUACUCAGAAAACUGCAACAGCAAAUAAGCUAGCAAAAAGAGAUGAGUGGUGCACUCUAAUCAACGAUGUGGCCAACAAUAGAGGACCUGGCCGCUCAAAGAUGGUGCAAGACAUGCUCAACUUUAUUGCUGGACUUCAAACUGUUCCCAAAAAGGAGAAGUCUUUCAUGAAUUAUGCAAACACAUUACCUAGAGACUUCAGAAAUGCCAACGCCGCCCAGAAGGUUUGGUCACUUUUGAUGGAAGAGUUAAGCAAGCGGAAAGAACAAAACUCCAACAGCGCAGCUCCUACCAAGCCAGCAGUAGAAAAGAGCGAGAAAGCAAAGGUUGUUGAGACUGUUGAAGCACUAGAAGUGGAUAACACAGAAAAGGCUGGUGGCGAAACAGUUGUCAACCACGAGGUUGCAACACCUGGUGUGUGGAAGAAAGCCAUUAAGCGGCUGUCGAAGAGAGAGGGUGACAGCACUGAUGUAUUUAAGGCUUUGGCCGGUUUAGAAGAUGUGCCUACUGGCCCCAAAAAAUCAUUCAAGAAGUACCUGAGGAUGAAAGUUCCUCAAGCUAAAAAUUCGGCUCAGAUUUGGUCUGCGUUGAAUGAGGAAUGCGCCAAAAUCAACAGCAAAAAGAGGUCGUUGCCUGAAGAAGUUACCACCAAUGGCAACAACAGAGUGAAAAAAGCGAAAGUGGAGGGCAACUCAGAAUCGCCCAAGUCUGAGGAGUCUGAAGUUCAGAACGGUGCAUCUCCUGCUAAGGGGUCCAAGUUCCCAUGGAAGAAAUCGGUGCUUAGUGUGCUGCAGUCGAGCAAAGAUAAUUCCAUGAGCCUAAAAAAGUUGACAAAGAAAGUGUUUGCAGAAUAUGAAAGUCUUGGCCUGGAUAGCUCUGAUAAAGAAAAAAUGGAUGCAAAGUUGACUCAGGCUAUUGGACAUAUUGCCAACUGCACAAUAAUGAAGAAGGAAAACAAGGAAGUGGUAAUGCUUGUUACUGGAAACUGAAAACUCGUUUAAAAUUGAAUUUUUGUACAUGAAAUGGACAGAUUUAUAAGACAAUUUCUUAAACUGAAAUGAGGAAAAAUAAAAAAUACAAUUUUUCAUAA